GCGGCGAGUAUUGAUUGACGCGGAGGCGAUCCGCCGGGGCACCCCGGGGUGCGCUCCUGCUGCUACCGGCCGCCGGGAGCAGGCGAUGGAUUUCGCGCUGGGCGGCGCGGCGGCGGCUGGUGCCUGUGUGCUAACGAACCCGCUGGAGGUGGUCAAGACACGGAUGCAGCUGCAGGGAGAGCUCCGCGCCCGGGGCUCCUACCCCCGGCUCUACCGCAAUGUCUUCCACGCACUGGUGCUCAUCGCCCGCAAGGACGGGCUGCUGGGGCUGCAGAAGGGACUGACGGCCGCGAUCUUGUACCAGGCGCUGAUGAACGGCGUCCGCCUCGGCGCCUACUCGCAGCUGGAGGGACUGGGCUUCACCCGGCACCAGGGCGGCAGGGUCAGCACCGCCUCUAGCAUCGCGGCGGGGGCAGUGGCCGGAGCCAUGGGCGCCGUGGUGGGCAGCCCUGCUUAUCUGGUAAAGACACACCUGCAGGCCCAGUCUGCAGCAGUCAUCGCUGUGGGGCACCAGCAUAACCAUCAGGGUGUUGGAACUGCCUUCUUGGCGAUCUACAAGCGGCAAGGGUUCCAGGGACUCUGGCGAGGGGUGAGCGGCGCUGUUCCCCGGGUGAUGAUUGGAUCCGCAGCUCAGCUCGCCACGUUUGACUCCGCCAAGCAGCUCGUGGAAGACCAGCAGCUGUUCCACACUGGCAGCUGGUUGGCCAGCUUGCUGGGAGGGAUGAUGAGCAGUGUCGCCGUGGUGAUCACCAUGACGCCUUUUGAUGUCAUCAGUACCAGACUCUACAAUCAACCGGUCGAUGAGGUGGGCAAGGGAAAGCAUUACAGGGGAUUCUGGGACUGCUUGCUGAAGGUCUCGAGUAAAGAAGGGCUCCUGGGUCUGUACAAGGGGAUCGGACCCAGCUACUUCCGCCUGGGACCGCACACGGUGUUCAGCCUGCUCCUGUGGGACGAACUGAAGAAGCUGGCUUACCCUAGCUACCAGGAGAAAAUCUGAGCUCCCCCGGCAGCCGGGAGGUAAACGUACUGGGGGCGAGACUUCCUGUUAUAGAAGGACAGAGGGGGCGACGUCCCCACUGGUGAGAAAGAAAAGUGUCCCCGCUCACAAGUUAAGCGGAGAGACUGUUAUUAUUUAACUAUGCUGAAAGACAGGCCACACCACCGCUCAUUUCUACUGAAGUUCCCCUCACAUCAAAUGCCCCAAUGGAUCGAUCACUCUGUGGUGGUGUGAACUCAGCUCUGUGUAGUGAGAGAGUUACACUGGGUCUAUUAGAAGGGCCCAGGGAUAGAUCUGCCCACAUGUUGGUCUGGAGCAGCAGCAGAAAUAACUUGGGGACGAAAUCACAAAGGACAACCUUAUGUUGAUCUGUCCCUUCAACAUGCAAAAGUCUUGCUAUGUCUCUCUUGUCACUUUCCCUGCUAGACCAGGGACCCCUUCUCUCUCUCUCUCUCUCUCUCUCUAACUCAGACAGCACAGCCCACAGCUGCAGUGGAAAAAUAACCCUUGUUCUUUGUGGAAUCAGGGUGAUCCAUUCUGUCUGCUUUUUAAGCCUCACUGCUGGGCAGUCCAACUUAUCUAAAAAAAAAGGUUGAACAUUCAGCUACCCGAUAGUGCAGAGAAGAGAAGUGGGUAGUGCAGGUAUCCAGUGUCAGCACCAGGUGCCCCUUGGUCAGAUUCCUCAGCAGUCCCCUGUCAAACACUGGUUAGGUCCGGUGUAAGGCAGGUUAACUGUGGCAUAAGGUUCCUUCAUGCUUCAAAACUCUGUGCAAUUCCCCAUAGAGGGUCAAGAUACCGGCUCUUCACCCACUGAGUCUGCACUCAGCAUUAACACCUUCUUAAUGUGAAAGUCUUUUAUUCUGCUCGCGUUCCCAUGAUCCCCUCCCCAGAUCCCCCCCCAUGUGCCUACACAAUAGGGGCCAUUUUCAGCUCACCCACCCGCGUAUCUUUGGGACGUGGGAGGGAAACAGGACACCGGAUAAAACACGUACGGUCACAGGAAGAACGUGGAAGCUCCACACAGACAGCACUGGAACAUGGAAUCAAACCCUUGUGUGAUGUUUUUGAACCUAUAUUAUCUGCCCCCCACUCAGUCUCUUUAAGUGGGAUUUUGCCACUUCGUGGAUGGCUCUAUUCUGACUGAGCUGAGGGCAAUAUUAACAAUCAGAGCGAGGCUGUCCAGGGCCAGAUGUGGAUCUAAAUGACAUUACCGUUCAGCGAAGGCCCCUUCUCCAGACCAAUCAUGAACGGAGUUCCAUAUAACACCGGUCUUUUCUCAACUACAAAGCCAACUAAUGCAAAAUGCAAUUCAAUUUGAGGAUAAAUGCACAAAGCUGUUAAAUUUUUGAAGAGGCAGCGUACGUAAAUGACACUACUGUCAACGUCUCGUGGGCAUUGCUCCCACCUGGGAUCAGAAGGUCUGGGUUUUGGUUCACAGAACAAGCAGCCCAGUGCAGCAACUAAUCAACUUGAGAUGCCUGACUGAAGUCAAAAGACUGAAACUUUGCAAUGCUGGAGCAAGAGCUGCCGGUUGUGGAAAAACCCAUGAGCUUAGCCAAAGCUGUACCAAAAAGUAUGCCAGCGAGAUCUCCAGUACGGUGGCUUUGCUCCCCAGGUUGCGGUCCUGAGCCACACACUGUCUGUGGCUUCCAAAGGAAAGAUGCAGUCGAUAUGAGUUGUCGACUAACAUUAAGAUUGUUGCUACCCCAGUGAAGUGCCUUUCAUUGUAGUCUGCACUCUGAACCUCAGCACACUCGGAUAGGCUGGAACUGUCCGAAAGGAUUACUCAACUGCUGCAUCGUUCUGUGUCCACUUCAGCUCCAGCUGUACUACAGAUCGUAGAUCAUAUGUACCCUAUAGAUCACUCGAAACAAACUUGUACAAUGAACAUUAAGGAUCACUAUUGCCCCCAGCUGAUGAUGUCCUGUAGAACACAGUCUACACGGGGGUUUACUGCACACCCAAUAAGCACUGAUUAUUCUAAGGAUUGCUUUUGCCAUCCCUACAUCGUGGAUUUUGUCCACACGGAUCACGGUGUCCAGGGAAUUACUGUAACCCUUUGUGCCUUUUACUCUUGUCUAACACUUAUAAAAAGACAAAAAUAAAUAAGAGUUGUGAACUGCGUUGAAUGAUCUGAAUUGUUACAAUUGUGGUAAUGAGGGUUUUAAAACUGAGCCAACGCGAUGAGAUCACAGCCGGUCACAAAACGGGCCGCGUUUAUAAUUAGAGUCACUGACAGUGUGCGUGAACCCAGCAGAAGAGCGGGGGGAGGCUUGGGCGUGGUGGAGGUGAUGGGUGAUUGUGGUGGUUUGUUCUCUGGAGUAGCAGCAGUCCGCUGGUGGAACUCAGAAGGCCGGGCAGCAUCUGUGGCCAGGAGUUCCUUUCCACACAUUUCUCCCACCCAAGACUCGAGGGGCCGAAUGGUCUACUUCUGCACCUAUUGUCUAUUGUCUAACCCAAAGAUGCUGCUGAGUUUCUCUUAACAGAUUGUUUGUUGGAACUGCUGUCUCUCGUGUCUCUGACUUGAACUCUGGUCUCCUUUGGACCGAUCAGCAGCAAGAUGGGGGAGAAGCUAAACUCUCCAGCUGGGUUUGGAUCUAAUAGGUACACUUUCUCUCUCAGUCCCAUUUUAACAGACCUUCCCUUCUGCUGCCUUUGUGAACUCACCAGAAACCACAGAUCAUGACAAGCAGCUGUGCUACGUAGACCAUAUAUUAAGAGCACAAGGCAGGGCAGUAGGGUUAGGCCAUUCAGCCCAUCAAGUCUGCUCCACCAGUUGAUCACAGUUAGUUUAUUAUCCUUCUCACCUACCAUUCUUCUGCCUUCCCCCUGUAACCUUUGACACCGUAACCAGAAUAAGGAAUGGAAAAGAGGGAAGGGGGUUCAACGCUCACCUGCUGUAGUUUCACAUCAAUGAAGAUGGGGAUAUUUUGGAUGGGCCUGAAGUCACACCUGGGCCAGAUAUUGUUAACUACUGUUCAUAAAUCUCAAACAAAACAUCAAAAUGUAACCAACGAUGAACUGACAAGAUUGCUCCAAAUUAUAAGCCAAAACUUAUGAAAACAAGUCCUAAUUUUGGAUUUGAGCAUUGUAAAUGAAGCAAUAAAAGUACAUUUCCUUUUAGCUUGCA